AUGGCGACGCAGGUGUCGCGCCGUCGCGGUGGGCGGAGCCGUCGCGGCCUUGUGCCGCCCCGCAAAAUGCAAAUCCAAGCCGACGACGUCGGACAGUUCGAUGAUCCUACCGGUUGAUGACCGGAAGCCGCUUGGGAUCUGGACCAAUGUUUCAAUUUGACCUUUUUUUCUUGGGUUUGGAAUUUUCCAUGUGCAACGAAUGGCUUAUAACUAGCCUUUUCAAAAUUCAAUUUAAAACUUAUUUUGCUAUUCUUAUGAACUUGUUUUGCGAAACUGAGAUCCUUCAACUGGUUUUCAUCAUUCGUUCUGCAAAUUUCUUGGGUUUUCAUCAAUUUAUCCUUGAAAUUUAAACUUACUAUCGAAAAUACAACUACUGAUCAAUCUCCUAGGAAAGAGAAUUGGUUUUUUUUUUCUCGAGAAAACACGAUUCCAAGCCGUUUCCUGUAUCAUUUCGAGUACCUUUUCUUCAAAAAACUCAAGAAAAAUCAAGAAUAAACAUUUUAAUUUAUCAAAACUGUAUUCGUUUAAACAUUUUACCUCCUUUUUUCAACUCACAACUCUAAAAUCCACUCAAAUACUUCAUUAUAACCUCCCUCCUCCACUUGUCAACCACCAUGCCACGGCCAAAACACCCGAAACCACUCUUUAAUAGUUGCCUCGAAAAAGAAAAAGUUUCCCAAGACACGCAAACCUUCGUUCCAGUCGUUGAGUUUCCUCCUUGGAGAUGUUGCGGCGAGAUACGAUUUUGGGACGCUGAAAAUCCGCCGUCGGGCCCAACUUGCAAUAAUAUUUGCCGGCUGUUCCUUUUCUUGCUGCCCGAUCGCUAUCGCUUAUUUUCCGCUCCGACACCUUGUUUCAUUCCGUUUUAAUUGGAUUUCAAUCGGGAUUUAGCCUACUUUAUUUCAAGACGAUCGUUUUUACAGAAUCAAUGCGAAAUUGAUGAAUUUUAUCGUUCCGCUGCUACUGUUGCUUGCAAACGUCCGCACCUGCAGUUCAUUUGUUGAAAAUACUCUUGAAUAUCAUAUUUCUGAAGGUGAUAAUGAAUUCAUUAAAUAUUUUCGAGAAAAAAUGCUUUUUUUUCGACUACGGUAUGUAUAAUGGCCGUGAAGCGUUCUGUAUGCAGAUUCUUAAAAACUGAAAAGAAAAGUUUUUUUUUGUUUUUUCAAAUAAUUUUAAAAUGAUAUUUUUUUUAUUAUAGUAUCAAAUAUCAACUGCGCGAUUUCAGAAGAGAACUUGCAUUUGUUCAUAAUAUACAUUUUAUUCAGAAUAUAUUCUGAAUAGGCCUUUUCUCCGAAUUUUUUACGCCCAUGGCAAAAAGUAGACUCUCCGUGUGAAAAUUACAAUUUCACACGUGCCCCAUCCCACAACCGGUAUAAUUUGUGGAAGAAGGUGCGGUUUUUCUUGCGCAAUCCGAUCCGAUGGGCAAAAUCGAGUCGGAAGCCGUCUUUAUUCGGGCAAAAAGCCAAGAUUUUUACCUCGGAUUGUCGCAGGAGAUCCUGUUUUAAUAAAACAGAAAAAGUAAAAAGGAACAAACUGUGAAAAAUUCUAAAUUGUUUAUAUAUUUAUAAAAUUGAUUAAUAUUCAUUUUUCAGAUGCUCCGAUUGGUAAAAUCGUUGCAAAACUUCCUCUAGAUGAUGAAAUACCUUAUCGACUUGCGAAAAAAACAGUCAUCGUUUUGAUUUCGAUCCGAAAAAGUCUUGAGGUAUUUUUUUAUCAUUUAUGAUAAUGUGAGAUUUUUUUUAAUGAUAGAUUCUUUUUUCAGGUCCGAGUGAAAUCCCCACUGGACCGAGAAGAACUUGAAUCUGAAGAACUUUUGGUUCUUUCCGCGGUACCUUCAAUAACCCACGUCCAUAUCCACAUCGAUGAUAUUAAUGAUAAUGCGCCCAUUUUUCCGGCGGCAGUUCAGGUGGAAACUAUUAUUUAAAAAUAAAAUAGUUUGAUUUUCAGAAAAUCUCGAUCGCUGAGACUUCUCCGAUCGGCUCCAGGACUUCAUUACUUUCUGCAUUCGACCCUGAUUCUGGCCUGAAUGGCACAAUUGUCGAAUAUUCCCUGAUUUCUGUGGAUUUUGGAGAAGCUGAUGAGACCUUUAUUCUGGUUCGAGAAGACGAUCAAAUAUUCCUGGAAGUUCGCCAAAGCUUGGACCGAGAAAUAAAAGCGACUUACGCGUUUAAUUUGACGGCUUCUGAUGGGGGAACGCCUUCUUUGUGA